AUGAAGAAAAAUAAUGGAGGAUUUUCAUCCUCAUCAUAGUUAACAGACAGAGCUACAGUGAUAAGCAGAAGAUCUUAAAAAUAUUUGAAAAAGCUACAAUCGAAUGCUUCAGCUGCAAGUCUCUCAACAAAUAUAUCUGGAGUAGCAGCGGUCUUUCAUAAACAAAAACAAGCUAAGAUCAAGCUAAGAAACAACUUAUCAACAGGAAAGCUAUUUGCAUAAAAUCGCUCUAGAUCCUUUGUUCUUUAAAAUUUGGGGUUUAAUGUCUAAAAUGGAAAGCAUUACUAGGCUUAAACAUCAGAGCAGAAAUAGACUAAAGAAUAGUAAGUUAAACCUUUUGAUACUUCAUCCUCAGGAUCUGCUUUUGGCUCUGGUUCAGACUAGGAUUAUGAUUGCAACUACAAAAAUCCAGAAGUUAUCAAGUAAUAGAGCUUCAUCUAUGUGUAAGAUGGAUCUAAGUAAAUUUAGAAAUCUCAGGAGGAAACAGAUAGAUCUAUCAGCGUAUAGAAGAACUCCGUUUCUAAUGAGAAACCCGCAUUAGUUGUUUAUGCAUCAGUUGAGAGCUCAAAAAUUUAAACAGAAAAUGCUCCAUAUCAAACUAAAAAGGCAAAACAUUAUUCACAAAGGCAACUAUCCUUUAACCAUAUGUCUAUUGAUUCAAAGUGUAGCAGAUCAGGUGCUCCUCUGACAUCGAGAGCCGAUAAGUCAUAUGUCUAAAAUGACAAGUACUUUGCCACAUCUUAAUAAAGAGGAGUUAGGCAGCCAAUAAGUAAACUUAGCUCCUAUGCCAGCAAUAAUAAUCUAUUAGCGAAUAGCUAAAAGUAAAACCUAAAGAAAGUCAAGCUGAUAAACUCUAAUUCUUUUGCUGGCUCGCUUGAGACUAAAGUCUCGUUUGAUGGAACAAUUGAAUCACAUUAGGAUAAAUUUUAAUCCUCCAAGCUUAAUGAAGUUAUCAAUGAUAGGUUAAAACUAUAAACAAACUUUGACAUUAACUAAAGAUCAAUUUCACCAAUUUCAAUGAAUACUAUAUCACCAAUGACUUAUAGAGAUACUUUUAAACCAGCCCUAAGCUUUGUGGAGCAUCAAACUAAUAAUGCCAACAGCAAUAAUAUAAUAGAUGUUUCAUAAGCAGAUGAUAGAUUUUCAAAUGAUUCUCAAGUAACUGCAAUGAGAACUAAUGCUCUAAAAAAAACAAAGAAUAGUUUCUAAAUGAUGAGGACCAGAGCCAAUCAGUUUAAAAUGAAUUAGAUGCAGCCUCACCCAGAUUAGUCAUUUGGCUAAGAGCCAGAUGAUCUCUAAGAACAUGACUCAAUGAUUAUUGAUUAUAAUUAAUUCGCUUGCAGAUGUCUCUGUGAACCCUAAUUGGUACCAUUGAAAAGAGAGGUGCGAAUAUCAAAGAUCGCUUUAGUCAAAGAAGGUAGAGAGGAAAGGAUGAAUCAUCCUGUGGGGCAUAGAAAGCCAUAGAGCAACGAUUUUCAAAGAGAGGAGUCAACAACUUAAUGCAAUAUUUUCUGA